UUAAAGAAAAAACACAUUAACACAGUUACAAAAAAUGGAAAUUGGACCACUGAUAUCUGUUGCACAAACUCUCCUAGCAGCCCUUCAAUGUACAGAGCUUAAAGAGAUUUUUUCCAUCUUAGGCUACAAACCCAAGCUUGACAGCCUCCAACAAACGGUCUCCACAAUUAGGGCUGUGCUCCGCGAUGCAGAAGCCAAGCAGGAUCUCUCCUAUGCAGCGCAACUCUGGAUCGAAGAGCUUAAGAACGCUGUCUAUGAUGCAGAUGAUUUACUAGAUGAGUUUGUCACUGUUGCUGAACAAAAGUAUCUAGUACUUGAAGGUGUUGGUGGAAAUUUAUCCAACAAAGUCAACCUCUUCUUUUCUCGUCUCAACCCACUUGUUGUUGCUUACAAUAUGUCUCAAGGUGUUAAGAUGAUAAGGAAAAAGUUAAAUGAUAUUGCCAGUAAUCAUACACAGUUUGGCUUUAGCGUUGACUAUCAGCCUAGCAGGAGGAAAAGAGAGGAGACUUGUUCUUAUGUUUUUGCAGAUAAUAUUAUUGGAAGAGAAGAUGAUGUGGAAAGGAUUGUAGCUAGAUUGCUAGAUUCUAAUGUUUCACAAGAUGUUUCUAUUCUUCCUAUUGUCGGAGUUGGAGGGCUGGGAAAGACUGCCCUUGCUCAACUUGUUUAUAACGAUGAGAGGGUGAAGAAUGAGUUCACCUUGAGAUUGUGGACUUGUGUCUCAGAUCAAGACCAGGAACAGUUGGACAUAAAAGAGAUUCUUGGUAGAAUUUUGGAAUCUGUCACAGGUCAAAAGCAUGAUGGAAGCUCGGUAAUGGAUCAGGUUCAAAAUAAGCUUCAAGCACACCUAGAGGGAAAGAAUUACCUUCUUGUCUUGGAUGACGUAUGGACUGAGAAUCGCGAUGAAUGGCUUAAAAUGGUACAAUUCUUGAUGGGAUGUCAAAGGGGGAGUUGGAUUGUGGUAACUACACGGUCUAGAGAGACAGCAAGAGUUAUAGGUAAUGGUCCUGCGUAUGAGUUGCAAGGCUUAUCUGAAGGGAAUUCCUGGUGUUUGUUUGAAAGACUGGCAUUUCAACAAGUUGAAGAACAAGCAAAUCCCUCUGAGGAAUUACUUAAGAUUGGCCUUGAAAUCGUUAAACAAUGUUCUAAUGUUCCCCUUGCCAUAAGAGUGGCAGGAAGUCUUCUUUAUGGUCAAGACAAAAAUAAGUGGCUAUCGUUUAAGGAGAUUGGAUUAACCAAAGUUAAACGAGGUGGGCAGAGCAUCAUACCCAUAUUGAAGCUUAGUUACAAUCAAUUGGAAUCCCCGUUAAAGAGUUGUUUCAGUUAUUGUGCAUUGUUUCCGAAGGAUUUUGAGAUAGAGAAGGAGAUGCUUAUUAGCCUUUGGUCAGCACAAGGCUAUAUUGUGCCACUGGAUGAAUGUCAAAGCCUUGAAGAUGCCGGUGAUGAAUAUUUUUCUAUUCUUUUGCAGAGAUGUUUCUUCCAGAACAUAAAAAAAGAUGAAUAUGGUGGAAUCAUCUCAUGUAAAAUACAUGAUCUCAUGCACGAUAUUGCACAAGAAGUUGCAGGAAAGGAUAUUUGUGCAAUGAAUUUUAUCACCGGCAACUUAGACAAAAAAACGCGUCAUCUAUCCCUUAUGAGAAGAAAACAACAUAAGCCAAGCUUUUUCACUAAGACUCAAAUUCGUAGCUAUCUUCAAGUUGGCGGGAGGGACACAUUACAUGUUGAUAAAAUACUGGAAAGUUACAUGUGUCUUAGGGCAUUAGACUUGAAGAAAUCAGAUAUCAAAAGUUUGCCUGCUACAAUAGGUAAACUGUUGCACUUAAGGUAUCUUGAUCUCUCUGGAAAUAAUGGGCUAGAGGUGUUCCCCAAAUCUAUCACACAACUGCAUAAUCUUCAAACUUUAAAAUUGAGAUGGUGUGAUAGAUUGAAAGAACUUCCAAAAGAUUUGAGUAAGUUGGCUAAGCUUAGGUUGUUGGAUAUCAAGGGCUGCAAUGAGCUGACUUAUAUGCCAUCAGGCAUGGAUAAGUUAACUGGACUUUGUUCUUUAAAUGUGUUUGUGGUUGGUCAGGAGAAUUCAAGUUCGAAGCAAUAUUUUCAUCAGUUGGAAGAACUAAAAGCUCUCAUGAACUUGAAAGGUCAUCUGACAGUCCGGAUACGAAUUCCAAAAAAUGUUGCAUAUGUUCAGAAAACCUGUAAACAAGGAUAUCUAAGUAGCAAGGAGCUUCUGAAUCAUAUACGGUUUACUUGUGAACAUUUAGAGGUAGAUGGAAGAGUGAAUUAUGAGGAAGAGUUGCUCGAGAACAUGUUACCACAUUCUAACCUCAAAGGGUUAGAGUUGGUUGGGUACUAUGGUAGGAGAAUGCCGAGUUGGGCAAGAGAAGAUAAAUUGAGGGAUUUACUCCCAAAUCUUGUAAAAAUCGAACUUGUAGAUUGUUGCGAGUUGCAGUAUCUUCCACCACUAGAGAAACUGUGUUAUCUGAAAUCCUUAGUGCUUGAAAGUAUGAUAAAUCUUGAGUACAUAGAGAAUACUAGUAGUAGCAGUUAUACAACACCUUCAGUGUCAGAGUUAUCAUUCUUUCCCUCCCUUGAAAUUCUUCAAUUAUAUGAUCUGCCAAAGUUGAAAGGAUGGUCAAAAGGGAAUACAAGUAGUUGUAGCAAUGGUCAAGCCUAUUCCUGUCUAUCACCAUUAUUUCCUCGUCUCUCUCUAUUGUGGAUCAGUGGAUGCAGAGACCUGACAUUUAUUCCUCUCUGUCCUGCUGUGGAAAGCCUCAGUCUUUACAAUUUCAAUGAAAGACUGAGUAUAAUGAAGUUUCAGGAUGAUCUCAAAGAAGGCUUUGGUUCUGAAAAUUCAAGGCAUGCCAAAUUGAGGUUCAUCAGUACAGACAAUGCAAAGUUUCUAAAACUAUUACCGAUGGAGGCUUAUCAGUGUCUGAAUAAGAUUCGUAUUUGCCGGGACACAGAGUUGGAGAGUUUGUCAGAAGUUGAGGAGGUUUUGCAGAGUUGCUCGUCUUCCCUACGUUACUUUGAAGUUUUUGAUUGCCCUAGCUUAAAGAGUCUUUCUGGAGGGUUAGAACAUCUCACUGCUUUGGAGACGUUAUCCAUUGAGCACGCUCACAAUCUGACAAUCAAACAAGAAAUACAAGGAGGUGACAAUGGAAUGAUAUCCCUUCCUCAGAGUCUCCGUUACUUGCGAUUUAUUGAUCUUCCGAAGGUGGUGAAUCUUCCCAAAGGUAUGCACUACUUAACAAACCUCCAAUACGUCAUAAUUAGGAAUUGCAAAGGACUGAAAUCUCUGCCAGAGUCAUUGCAUAGUAUGACGUCCCUUAGGAAACUUGAGAUUUGAGGCUGUUCAAUGAACUUGAAACCAGAAAGAUUCAGAAAUCUGAGAGGGAAGGAAUGUCAUACAUCAGACGAUUUAGAAUAAGAUUUGUUUGAUGAAUUUGAUGUUAUGUUAGCUUGAGUUGUGCAACAACAACAGAUCUUAGUUCAGUAAGUUUAUUAAAAUUUUUUUUUUUUAAUUGUUAAAAGGCUAGGAAUGAUAUGUUCGAUCGUGAUCAUAUCUGCUGUAAGAUUGCUGAG